AUGCAUAGAAGUCGUAAAAUAUAUAGAAAAGCUCUGAUACGAGCGGUUCUGAUUAAACAUGCUAAAAGAUAUAACCAGGCUGCAACAAAGAUACAGGCUUUAUGGCGUGGCCAUUUUUCAAGACGUGAAAAAUUUUGUUAUUAUUCCUAUCGAAAAUGGCUUAAAAUUGUUAAAGAACGUGGAGAGAGACGAGCUGCCGAAGCUGUUGAGUUCGCAAUUAGAAGUAAAGUGGAUGAUUUAAGAAUUCUAGAAGAAGAAGCUCGGAAAUGGCUUGCAUUUGUUGUUUUCAAGUUACAUCAUCUUUUAAGAACAUUUGUUCGCGCGGGUAUAUAUUCUGAACCAGGUACAACUGAGCUAUCAGAAUUUGAAAAUCUUUUGAAUUCAAUCCGUUACACAGAAUAUAUGAAAAGACUUAAGAAGAAGUACGACGAAUUUGUACGAAAACAUAAAUCGCAGUUCUCGAACAAAAAGCUGUUUCCGAUUAUUGGAAAUGGAUCAGAUUAUUGGUAUCUUUCUCUACCUGAGAUGUAUGAAUUGACUACACCGGUACAGAAAGUCAAAGAUACUCGCCACAGUUUAACGCACCAUGGUCACAGCACAAAAAGCCAUUCCUUUGGCGAAAGGAAACGCCUUGGUGAGAAAGAAAUUACAUUAAACUCUUGA